CCCUUUCACAUUUCUAGCGACUCAAGCCAUAUUUCAGUUUCAUUUAGUUUUUCAAUAUAAUCACAUCGUUUAAAAUGUCUUUGGAUACGGAAUCGAAUCUAGAUAUUUUGAUUGAAUUUAAAAAAGAUACUUUAAAAUCUUUACUAAAUCUUCUGAAGAAUGAAUUACCUCAUAAAAUACGUCAAUAUAAUUUCUUAUUAAGUUAUUUGUAUCAUUAUGAUAAGUUAAAUCAAAAUCGUGAUAAAUUAAUUUCGGAUCGUUGGAAUGUUAGAUUUUAUGGUCAUCGUUAUGGACAACUUGAGAAUUGUACGAUAGUUACAAUCAAUGGAAGUAAGGAUUUCGUUAUAACUGCCUUUACACUGGAGAAAUCAAGAACGGAAUUAAAAGAAUGUUUACGCAAAACCAAAUUAAUUAAUUGGGAAACAAAAAGUCUUAACAUCAUGUGCGAUGAAUCUGUAUUCAAGGCAGUCAAUGAAGUGGUUUGCGAAAAGGACACAAAUUGGACGUAUCUGCCUUUGGAAAAUGUUCUACAUAUAAGUAAAGAGAAAAUAAGACAAUUGUCCACUGAUAGUAAUUUACCUGAAGAUUUAUACUUAGCCCCCUUGGAUCCCGAAAAACAUGCAAAAAUCAUGGAUGAUCAUUGGGACUAUAAAGCAGAAAACUCAUUGCAAUUAAUUCGACAGUCCAUUGAGUUAAAUGGUGGCAUUGGUAUAUUUCGCCAGGGUGUUGAGCAACCGAUAUGUUGGAUAUCUACAAAUGAAUUUCUUACACCAGGUUUCCUACAUACCUUGCCGGCGGAACGGAAAAAAGGCUAUGCUGCUUUAAUUAUGAAAAUGGAACUGAAACGUUUAUUAUCGAUCCAUAAUACCGAUUUAUUUUCAUUUGUUUGUAUUGAAAAUACCCCUUCAUUGGCACUGCACUACAAAUUGGGUUUUGAAACUGUUAAUAGAGUGACGUGGAUACAGAAAUGCAAUUAAACGAUUAUAGAAUAUAAGUUUUAAAUGUAGCAGACUUUUAUAAAUUUGUUAUUGAUAUUUUUUAAUUGUUAAACAUUUGAUAAACCCUAAUGUGAUGACGAAAGGUUAAACGCCAAAGAUCAAAUAAACAUAAUAAAUUUAUAAGAAAAUUACAAACAUA